AAGAAAGAAAAAAAAACAAACAAACAAAAAAGUUGUAGUUUACAAUUUCAAUGGUGUCUCGGCUUCGUCUUGUUCUAGAGGCUAUUUUGGGUGCGAGACGGCGUAAGAAAAUGGCGACUGGUGGUGGUCGUGUUCGUGGUGGUGAUGGUGGUAAGAAGAAAGGCUUCUCUGUAAACCCUAAAGAUUACAAGCUUAUGGAAGAAGUUGGAUAUGGUGCUAGUGCCGUUGUCCAUCGAGCAAUUUAUCUCCCGACUAAAGAAGUCGUAGCAAUCAAGUGUUUGGAUCUCGAUCGCUGCAAUAGCAAUCUGGAUGAUAUAAGGAGGGAGGCUCAGACCAUGAGUUUGAUAGACCAUCCGAACGUUAUUAAGUCGUUUUGUUCGUUUGCUGUUGAUCACAAUCUCUGGGUCGUCAUGCCUUUCAUGGCUCAGGGUUCGUGCUUGCACCUUAUGAAGGCAGCAUAUCCAGAUGGAUUCGAAGAGUCGGCUAUAUGUUCUAUGCUGAAAGAAACUCUUAAAGCUCUUGAUUAUCUUCAUAGACAAGGGCAUAUCCAUCGAGAUGUUAAGGCUGGAAACAUACUUCUUGAUAACACUGGGGAGAUUAAGCUCGGUGAUUUUGGUGUCUCGGCAUGCUUGUUUGACACUGGCGAUAGGCAACGUGCAAGAAACACAUUUGUUGGUACUCCAUGCUGGAUGGCACCGGAAGUCUUGCAGCCAGGAAGUGGAUACAAUUCGAAAGCUGAUAUCUGGUCUUUUGGAAUAACUGCGCUGGAGUUGGCUCAUGGUCAUGCACCUUUCUCAAAAUAUCCUCCCAUGAAGGUACUCUUAAUGACUAUUCAAAAUGCGCCGCCUGGCCUUGAUUAUGACCGUGAUAAAAAGUUUUCAAAGUCCUUUAAAGAAAUGGUAGCAUUGUGUCUGGUGAAAGAUCAAACAAAAAGGCCAACCGCUGAAAAGUUGUUGAAACACUCAUUUUUCAAGAAUGCAAAGCCUCCAGAGAUCUGUGUGAAAAAGUUAUUUGCUGAUUUGCCACCUCUUUGGACCCGUGUGAAAGCUCUUCAGGCCAAGGAUGCUGCUCAGCUUGCUUUGAAAGGAAUGGCCUCUGCUGACCAGGAAGCUAUGUCACAGAGUGAAUAUCAAAGAGGAGUAAGUGCUUGGAACUUUAAUAUUGAAGAUUUGAAAGAACAAGCAUCUUUGCUAGAUGAUGAUGACAGUCUGGCAGAGAGUAGGGAAGAAGAUGAACUAUUUGACGAACAGUUACAUAAUAAGGUGAGUGACAGAGGACAGGUAUCUGGUCGUCAACAGCCAUCUGAAAACAUCAACGGAAAGGAAAAAGUUUCAGAGACUGAGGUGGUAGAAACGAUCUGUGAAGAUAAAUUCACUCUCAAUUCAACCGCUCCUUCUGUUGAACAAACGACACCAAGUUCAGAGCACGACGUUCCACAGGCCAAGGCUAAGCCAGUGAGACGGCAGACUCAGAGUGGACCACUUUCACCCGGUAUUUUGUUAACCAAUCCGGAUUCAGAGAAGGGCCAUGGUUAUGCAAGGCCUGAGAGUGAACGCCAGGCGGCACCAACGGUCUCGAGGGCACCCAGCUUUAGUGGUCCAUUGAAUCUUCCAAACCGUGCUUCAGCAAACAGUUUUUCAGCUCCUAUAAAAUCUUCUGGAGGAUUCCGUGAUUCUCUGGAUGACAAGUCGAAGGCUAAUCUGGUUCAAGUCAAAGGAAGAUUUUCAGUAACAUCAGAAAACUUAGAUCCUGCAAGGGGAUCCCCGUUGAGAAAAUCUGCCAGUGUUGGGAAUUGGAUACUCGAAUCUAAACUGCAACAGCCAACAUGUCAGCCCAUUAAGGAGUUAAGUAGUCAUCCUGUGCCACACUCAUUCAUCAUGCCUCAACUUCAAAAUCUGUUCCAGCAAAAUUCAUUACAACAGGAUCUUAUUAUAAGCCUACUGAGUAGCUUACAAGGUACUGAAACAACAGAUGGUUCUCAAAAUGGAAAGUUGCCGCCUUUGCCUCGAGGACCUGACAGUAAUGGAGCUGUUGUUGAACCCACAUCUUCCGAGAGAGAAAGGUUACUACUUAACAAGAUUUCCGAGCUUCGGGCUAGAAUGCACGAAUUGUCGGAAGAACUUGAAGAAGAAAAAUCAAAACAAAACCAAUUGCAGCAGAAAUUGAAUUCAGUCAUCGGUCGCGAGCAAUUGUAAUCAGAGACCGGAACACUGAGCUACACACAGAAUCUUUAGGAGACGAGGAAAGUAUAUUUUGUACACUAAAAAAAACCAGAGAAACUCUGCUCAUGAAAGAAAAAAGGACAGAUUUGGUUCUGUUCUGUGGCUGCAGAAGCAGACAUCGGCCAUUUGUUUCCUAGAGGAGAAACCAGAAAAAGAAAAAACAUAUAGAGUAUAGACAGAGCAGAAAGCUCGUGGUCAUUGUAUUUGCUUAAAUUAAAUAGUCUUACGUUUUGAGUAAGAAAGUUUCUUUUGUUGUUGUUGUUGUAUUAUUAUAGUAACUAAUAUAGGCUUUAUCCUUUUUUAUAUUAUUUUUUGUGGAUUGUAAAUGAAACUUGAUUUGAUGUAUUUGUAUUGUAUUUACCAGAUUCUUUACCAAUAAUCUCAUGGAGUGGUUU